AUGCAUGGCGAUGCAUCGAUCGUGGAGAAAAUCAUCGAUCAAAAAACCCGGAACCAGGAGUUCAAAGAACACCCAGACGCGCCAGGUGACAUCAAUGCUAUGAUGUUUUACGUCUUGGUUGACUUGGAGUCAGUUGCCGAAGAUGAACACGAAGAUCGGGUAUCUAUGGAAGUUGGUGGGGAAACCCAUGGAGAGCAGGCCGAACGCUUUGCGACUUCAGAUGCGUUGACUUCGUUUGGGGCUGGCAUGACGAACGAGCCCCUCCGUCUCCAGUUUGCCAAGCAAGAGAGCGCUCCGGCUCUUGGUGCCCCGGCAUCUUCGGCUGCUGGACUCCCUGCUGUUCCACCAGGAGCGCCGGCAGCACCUGAGGCAAAGGCAGCAGCACCCAAGAAGGCCCCGAAGGCCAAAGCCAGACCCGGUGGUGAAACAUCUACCCGGAAGAAGAAUGAGAUGCCCGAGGAGCCACGUCCAAAGGCUCUUUGGAUACUCAACCGGUUAAGUGCUGAUCUUCAAUCAGCUCGCAUGUGGCCAGUGCGCUUGGCGAAUUUGAAGCACCAGGAAUCCUUGUGUAAGAGUUUCCAGGGCCAUGCAGAUGAGCUGGAACGCAGCUUUCACCAGCUUGCGCGCCAGACCGCGAACAAGGAAUUCCAUGAGAUUGACCCGGCUGAUGUGGGGGCAUUGCAGGCUGCUUGUGAGCUUGCAAUUCAGAGAAUGACCCUUUAUGAGGAAGAUGCGGUUGAGGCCAACACUUUGGUCAAAGCAUCCACCAAGGUGUCGUCGAAGGACCCAUGUAAAACAUUACAUACAAACAACCCCAAUUUACAUUGUUUUUUUCUCUCGAAAACUGGUUGCAUGACUCAGGUCCAACAUUUGGCAUCUUCAGCUGUCCAAUGGUGUGAACAGAAGGGUGGCGUGGUGGAGAAAGAUGAUCUAGUGAACCGGAUAUCCUCACUUGGAUCCAGCGGCAAGCAUGCCAAGAAUUGUGAGCGUGAUUUUCAUUUUCUUCUACGGUCACUCGCAAGACGACUGGGUGUGAAGAUCAAUACUGUUCAAGCCCGGUUGUAUUCUCAUACAUCGGCAACAAUCGAAUGGCAGCCAAUUUCUGUGAUUUUCCCGGAUGACAUGGCAAAGGCUUUGUUUGCCAAAGGUUCGUCAGUUUGGCAUCACACUAUGUUCGGCAACCAUAGUCCGGAAGAAGUUGAAUCUUUUUGGAGUCAUGGCAAGGAAACGUGUGAUUGGUUCAAAGGAAGCCAAUAUCACAAUUACCCUUUGCUCAGGAAGCUGAUCCCAAUGAGUUUCUACGGUGAUGACAUCGCUGCUUACAAGGGUUCAGAGACAGGGUCAGUGACAGUGCUUGGGUGGUGCAGCGACUUGGGAUAUCAGAAUCCUUCACUGACAAGAUAUUUCCCCAUCGCCGUGUAUCCUGAGUAUGCAGCCACUGAGUUCACUUAUGAUGACAUUAUGGGUCAUGUGGUUGCCAGGACGCGAGACAUGGUGGACCCCACAAUGCUUUUUGACUGGUCAGAUGGCGGCUACGCCUUCAUGCUGUCGUCUCUUCAAGGAGACCUUAAGUUUAUUGUUGAGCAUUACGGGCUGCACAACUACAGAUCAAAUUUGUGCUGCUCAUUGUUGUUGCAUGACUGCUUGCAUUCACAACUUCUCGGCACCGGGAAGACUGCCAAUGCCAGUGCCAUCGUUUAUCUGGCUGAGGUGGGGUACUGGGGAGCUUUCCCACGAGGCCUCUACAGUGAUUCUUUGGCAUUGGUGUUGCGACAGGCGCAUCUACAUUUCUUGCGUUGGAAGAAACAACAUGGACUGCAAGCGUCUCAACCACGGUUCACACCGGCGAGAUUGGGAAGGAAAACAAGGAUGCAAUACCCGGUUUUGAGUUCAAAGGGUAUCCCUAGCAAGGUGGUGACUUUCUGGGUUGCUCAUUGCUGUGUUGAACAUGCUGCCCGACCAGAAGCUACAGAAUUGGAUCGUUUGGUUGCAACCUGCCUUCAUUCCUACGCAAGUUCUUUGAAAAACAUGGAUACCUCAGGAUUGGUUCUGAGUGAAGAGCAAGCGGAAAGCUACUACCAGGAUGUGAUUCGACAUUUGCAGACCUAUGCAGCCUUGAACAGCAAAAGCCGGAUGGCCCGGGGAAAACAGGCCAACCGCACUUUGUGGCUGAUGAUUUGCAAACAUCACCACUACUAUCAUCAUUGCAAAACGGUGAGGAUCGAGCGGAUCAAUCCGCGUAUCAGCCAACUUUUGGCAGCUGAAGACUUUGUGGGCAGAGUGGGCAAGAUCGCCCGAGCCACUCACAAGGGGAAUGUGUCCCUACGUACGCUGGAACGUUAUCUGGCUCUUGUGAACCUUGAGUUGGCCAAACUGGAUUGA